AUGCGCCGCCUCGCCGCCGUCCUGCCGCUCCUCGCCGGCACGCCACACCAGCGCCUCGUCGUCGACCUCCCACGCCCGCACCGCCCGGCCUCCGCCGUCCGCGAUGCCCGCGCCUCGUCGGCCUCCUCCGCCCUGCCGCCCCUCCGCUGCUCGCCGGAGAGCGCCGCCAUUCGCCGCCCGGACCAGAUCGAGAGGAGCCCGAUCCAGCCGGCGCUGUCGACCCCCGCCUGGGACGGCCUUGUCCGGAUCCAGCGCCGCGCCCAGCCCAGCCGGUCCAUCGCCGCGCCGCCUUCUCCUCCCUUGCGCGACCCGGACUCGCCGGAGUCCGAGCGCCGCCCGCCUCCGGCAUUCCCCUUCCCCAAGUCGGCGCCGCCCCGACCCCCGCCUUUAAAAGGCGAGGCCCUGCCCCCUCUCCCCCCAUCACAGCCGCUGCCCCUGCCCUUUCCGCCGCCGCCUAGCGUAGCCGCGCUCGCCGCUGUUGCCCGCCCCGCGCCGCUAGCUGCUGCCGCCGUCGCCGCCGAGCACCGCCGCCGUCGCCUCGCAUUGGAACCGUAG